UUUGACUCUAUCGAAACGGCAAGAAGUGUGGCAAAAGUUGCGUAAUUAAUAUUCGUUUUUCAAGAACCAGAAGAUGCUCGAAAAUUUGCUCGAAUCUUCGACCUUCGAAAAUAUCAAAUUUCUUGUAGGAAAACAGCAUUCAGCAGGGUUUUCAGUAGUACUGGUGAUCUAAACACCGUGUAAGUGGCGGGAGUCAGCAGUCGCUUGUCAACUCGCGUGACACAAAAAAGAACAUGGGGGAUCAGCUCCUUCUCCAUUGGGUAACACAGCCUGCCACGGUAGAGUCGCUGGAAAUCGUGGAAUCUCUGUUAGAGGAUCGACAGGCGAGUAUAGAUGCGAAGACGGCUACUGGCUCGGGGGUGCUGUAUGAGCGCAUUCUGCAUUGGGAUAACGGACGUCAGUCUUGUUCUUCCCGAUUCGAGCGACAGCCUAUGUCUUCCCGAUGUUACGCAGAGCACUCAACUUGGACUAGCAGAACGCUGUUUGGCGCGAGUGGCGAAGGACUUUACAACGCUAGUGUCUGGACCGAAGACCAUGGGAACUCAUGCUCCUCGUCGUCACAGAUGCUGGGUGGAGGAAGAGGGGGUUCGCUUUACAGUACAACCAUGUCUCGGGAUCAUGGUUCACCACGCCGCGAACAAAAACAUCUAGAUGGAGGAAGCAGCGAGGAGCUUCUGAUGGAGAUGGUUCGAGUUUUGUUGAAGUACCGAGCGGAUGUGAACUCCACUGAUAAGUGUGCACGACAAAGCUGUCUACAGCUGGCUGUGCAGCAGAAAAAUAUAGCAAUGGUGGCUUUCCUCCUGGCGCAACCAGGCAUCGACGUCGGGUUCCGAAAUCGAUCGGAGCAAACUGUGUGGCACCUCGCGGUCAUGCCAACUGACCUUUCGACUGCGCACUCCGCAGCCAGUGGUGGCGGUGGCAGUAGUGCGAGUAGAAGUGGCGGUGGUGCAGUACAAGAAAGCUUCGCGGGUAUCACUCAGUGUACUUGUUCAGAAUUUUGAAUACAUGCUCAAAUAAAGAUUGUCACAAAUAUCAUUUCCAUUGCGCCAGGCAGCUUGUUUCGAUUUGUGUUUUUUAAUCAGAACUAGUACUAGCGGAUGCGGAUCCAAAUCCAUCUUCGUAAUCAAGUACUUAAUCUGAAAACUAACUAACUUCUUGCAGGCCGUGGCUCUGCAUCCCUUCGAUUGUUGCAAGCUCUCGCGAAACACAAAAAGGCCAUUGAACUGGUGGAUUCGAUAGAUGCUGACGGGCACAAUGCAGCGUAUUGGGCACGGGAGUUUGGGGUUCGUGACUGUCUGGAUUUUCUGCGAGACACUUUCAAGUCAGUGCCUCGAUUUUUCACUGGGGCUGACGUCCUAGCGAUGAUGCUAGCUGCGAAAGAGCCAAAGAAAGAGAAAAAGAAAGCUGGUGGAGGGAAGAAGAAAAAAUAGGGUAGCGUUACCAAAUACAAAUACAUUUAGCGACGCAAGUUCGAAAAGUUCGCGCGUGCCUCGGUUGUCAGUAUUUUUUACUGGAAACCAAAGAAAGAUCGAAAAUCUAAGGAACUUUUUUCGCUACUUUCUACCUCUCGUGGGGCAACGUGGGAAAAAGGUUGGUCGAUGUCAUCGGAAACUGAUUUUGUGUCCUUGAGCAUGAGCCAAUUAUAAGAAACGACGUGGAACCGUGUAAGAGGACUCUAUCUUUUUUCUUGCAUGCAAGCAUUUCUUCCAU